CGUGAUGGUUGGUAGCAGUAGCAUUCGCAGUAGAAGUAUAUUGGCAUGCUUUGUAAAAACCUUGCAAAUUUAAUACAAUUAUCUUGAAGAUAUGUUUGUGCUAUGAAAACACAAUUGAAGUGAAAACGGAGGAUGGAAGUCUGAGUGUAAGGUCUCUGACGGACGGUAGUGGCUAGUCUUGGUAGGGGUGUUAUCAAACUCGCCCUGUGGCUUCCCGCUGCGAACGUGAUCAAACACGAAGAGGUUACUAUAGUAACAGACACCAGUGUUGCUGCUGCAAACCUCUGAAGAACAGAGCGGAUCUUGAACGCGCCUCUCACGUCUGUGUUGUGUUUAUGAUGUCGGCGUAAACGACGAGGUCUGUUUCAGACAGUCACAAACAUGUAUGCUUGAGCUUCUGUACACUAAACAUUAGGAAGAUGGAAGAUACUUCAUUUAAAAAAACGAAGCAGAAAUUGAAUGACUAUUCAUCCACAGAAAGCAUAGAAAGCAACGCAGCCACAGACGAGUCUCCCCCUGGCGGUGAGGCGGAGGUCCACAGCCUCCCACACACGGCAUCAUACACCAGAAGAGAGCGGAUGAUGCCCCCAGAAGAGAAGCUUGGCUAUUUUGAAAGUCGAGCCCAAGCAAUGGCUGACAGCCAGCAGUUUGAUGCUUGCAUCAGUGACCUUGUGCGGUGUGUGGCCCUGGCGAGACUAGCACAUGGAGAGAGACACCUCAAGCUAGCCCAAGCCCAAGUUAGGCUGGCUGAGGCUUACCUUCAGUUUAAAGGUUGGGGAGCGCAGGCCCAAAAGCACUCGUCCCUGGCCAUGGAUCUGCUCCUCUCUCACCCUGCUCCCAUCUGCUCCGAUGAAGACGGGCCACUGGUCUUCACAUGGCUCCUCCGCAGCGGCCUGGUCCAGGGAGGCGCCUCCAUGCUCACAGGCAACUUGAAGGAAGCAGAGGCCUCUUUCCUGAACACGGGCCGAAUCCUAGAGGAGUGUUACUUACAAGGCGGCGUGGACCAGGAGGAGAGGAGCAAGACUGAGCUGAAGAUAUCCACCGCUCUAUCCAGGUUGUACCAGAGACAGCGCCGGCCACUGGAAGCCCUAGCUCAGUGUGAGAGGUCUCUGCAGCUGCUGGGCGACCGGGGGGACCCCGGGGAGACCUGCUCCGUCUACAGGGACAUGGCGGCCAUCGAAGAGUCCCGGGGCAGUUUGGACCGGGCCGUAGAGCAUCUCACCAAGGCUCAUGCCAUUGCUGUGAGUCAGAGCCCGGGGGGGCUGGACAGAGCACACAUCGCUCACAAGCUGGCCGUAGUCCACUCCUCUGCAGCCGGGCCCCGCCACAACGAGUCUGCAGCUCUCUACUUUGAGGAGAGUCUGGAUGUCUACAGGGACGCGGCUGGGACACAGGACCCCACAUUUCUCACCGCCCAGGAUGACUACUGUCGCUUUCUCCUGAUCGACGGACAGAUGGAGAGAUGUGUGGAGGUCCAGAAGGCGUCGCUGGCUCCUAAGCGCUAUGUGUUUGGGGAGUGGAGCGCCGAGGUGGCAGACAGCAUUCAGCUGAUUGGCGGGGUGCAGAUGACCCAGGGCCUGAUCCGACCGGCCCACCGGACCCUGAGGAAGUGUCUGGAGAUCCAGAAUAUCAUCUUCGGCCCUCAGCAUAAGAAGACGAAAGCCACGCAGAAAACGGUGGACAUGCUGGCAAGGGCACCGGAGGUGGUCAACAGGCAGUUGAGACGGAGCACCGCAGUUUCAUGACACAAGCCAUCAGCCGCUUGGAGACCAAGCUGGGCACAAUAUAUAUAAAUAUUCCAUGUUUAUUUUCUAUUGGUAGGAAAGAGCUUGUCCAGGCACAAGAAACAGCAUUUCAUGGUUAUACCAUGGAGAAGAUGUGGAGUUUGUUGAAAGAGCUACAAUAAAGGAGCACUUCAAACUGUAACUUUACAUUUUUAUUUGCUUUUAAAGCACAGAGUGAAGAAGUUUUAUACUUUUCUCUCUAAUCAUUUAAAUAAUUGAUACAGUAAAUGGGGUACUAAAGCAUUCAAAUUAACAGUGAUACACAUGCUUUACAUGCUGCUUUAUUCUGUUUGUUUGUUCAAACGUCAGCAAUAGCAACAUUUCCAGAUUAUACAGCACUGAAAUGGCAUUGCAUUUUAAAUGAAAACACAAAUAACUCACCCGUUUGUUCAUUAUUGCAUUUUGUUUAAUGUCAAAUAUUGUUAGAUUUGUUGGCACUAGAAUGGAAAACAUCCCUUUACAGCAAUAAAAUAUCCUUUAAAGCAA